AUUUACGCUUACUACGCUACCCGCUGCUACCCGUCAACCGUUAAACUGAAAUGUUUGGACGACUCCGACUCUGAUACUCCGAUACCGAUAAUAUUCAUUCAACUUCCUUGCGGUAUGCGGUGGCGUUAAAAUGAAAAGGCGUGUAUUUCAGAAAUAAAUAUACAUUUCUUCUGACUUAAAAUGAUGAAUACAAAUAUAUUUGUUUGAUAUUUUCCAAAUAAGCAGAUGUGGCGGACAGUUUUUCAUUCAAAGUAAAAAUUGUGUCUAAUAAUAUUAUAUAGUUUAUAUUGUUAACCCAGUGUGUAAAUUGUGACAGUGGUUAUAUUGCAUAGAAAAAGCAAAAAAUUUGAAAAAUGAGUUCUGCAGCACCGAUUGAACAAUUUGAACAAGAGGAUCUCUUAAAUAAAGAUCAGGCGGGGAAUUCUGUUGCUAUAGUUAGAAAUCAGGAAAAAUUUAGAUUUGGGCGUAGUAGAAUUCCUGUCCGUUUCUGGAUAGGAGUGAUGGUUUUCUGUACGACGUAUAUAAAUUAUGCAACGAGAGUUAAUAUGGCGAUAGCAAUUAUCUCUAUGACAAAAGGUAAAUCAAAGAAGACGCCGGAAUGUCUGCUAGACGAUAUUACCACUUCGUCGGGUACACCAAAGGGUUUACCAGAUUAUGGACCAAGAUACGAUUGGGAUGAGCACAUUCAAGGAAUAAUACUUGGUAGCUACUUUUGGGGCUACACCAUAUUUUCACUACCAGCGGGAGCUAUUUCUGAGUUAUGGGGGCCAGCAAGAGUUAUAUUUUGGACCACAAUAGUAUCGCUGAUUUUAAAUUCUGUCUGUGUUCCAGCAGCUAUGGGUCAUUAUGGAUUGCUGGUUGCUUGUAGAUUUCUCAUUGGAUCAGCAGGUGGAUUGGUGUAUCCAGCUCUGCAGGUAUUAAUAGCAAAAUGGUCCCCACCAGCCGAAAAGGGUCGGUUCGUGGCCGCUUUGAUGGGCAAUACCUUAGCGACAUGUGUAACGUGGCCUUUAGUCGGUGUGGUUAUUACCAACUUGGGUUGGGGCUGGGGAUUCCAUAUUAUCACAAUACAACUAGUUGCAUUUUGUAUAAUUUUCUACAUUGUCUGUGCCGAUAGUCCCGAUGAACACACAUGGAUUUCCGAACGGGAGGUUGCUUUUAUAAAAGAAGCUCAGGGGGCAUCAGUUACUAAGAAAAAGCAUGCACCUCCAUACAAACAGAUUUUCCUGAGUUUUCCCUUUUGGAUCUUAAAUAUUUUGCAUUUCGGAAAUUUGUGGGGUCUCUAUUUACAACUCCAGAGCGUACCCAAAUUCAUGGCAGAAGUUAUUGGUUUUAGUCUUAAAGAAGCAGGAAUAUUAGGAGCUCUACCUCAUCUAACGAGAAUGAUCUUUGGUAUGGCGUAUGGGUUCAUUGGAGAUAAAUUAAAGAGGAAUAAAAUAAUGUCUCCAAAAGCUAUAAGAAAAUCGUUUAUUCUAGCAUCUCAUAUUAUACCUGGAAUAUUGAUGAUAUGUGUCAUUUUCAUUGGUUGCAAUUGGGUGCCAUUAAUAGUUUUAUUAACGCUUAGUAUGGCUAUUAAUGGAGCAGCUGUAUUAACCAAUUUACAGAACCCUCAAGAUCUCGCACCCAACUUUGCAGGUUCUAUUUUCGGAAUUAUUAGUUGUAUAGGUGGUACUACUGGAUUCUUAGUGCCUGCGAUUACAGGAGCAUUUAUUCACAAUAACAACGGCUUGAAGGAAUGGUCUUAUACGUUCAUACUCGGCGGAUGCGUGUACAUUGGAACUGGAAUAAUAUUUAUCUUGUUUGGUAGUGUUGAGGAGCAACCAUGGAAUAGGAUUGCAGAUACAGAAAAUAAUUAGAAAAUCUUAAAUCAGUACAAAGUGUUGAUGUCAACUGGUUUUCUUUAAUUGUGUAGACCUCUUUAAAUGGUUAAAAUUAUAGCUAGCAUUACAUCAGAACUAUUUUUGAGAAAUUUUAACAAUUUCAGCUGAUAGCCCUGUUGCUUGAUAAGGCAUUUGCCAAAUAUUUUAUAUAAAUUUACAUGGUAACUAUAUGACUGAUCCCCAGGCUAACAACGAUCUUUUUUAUAUUAAAUUAGAAAAUAAAAGAAAUGAAUAAUUUAAAAAGAAAAGUCUUAUUCUUUCCAUAAUCGCGUUUUCUUUUAUUUUUUAAUAUUCAAAAAUUAAUUUUACUACUUUCUUGUAUACCUCACAAUUUAUGUACGCAAAUAUACAUAUCUUUUUUCUUUGUACUCUUAUUUUAAUAAAAACAAAAGCUUGGUUUUA